AGCCACGUCACUGCAUGCAAACUGAGGCACGAGAAAUGCGCACAAGAGAGGGAUAUAAUUCACUGUGAGGCACGAGGCUCUGUCACUGAAAAUAACAAGGUGAAAGAGGAACGCACAUGCCGAGCCCAUGAAGCAGAACUGCAGUCUCCACUCUGCGCGGGACACAAAUAUGGAUGGUAUUUAUGACAACUCCAUGGAGAAAAUGGAGAUAGACGACUCGUGCAUCACACCGGCAGACAAGACCAAUCAACAUUUGCCUGACAGAGAAGGACCGUCCAGCAGCUGCAGCAAGACCAGACGGAGUUUCAGACCCAAACUUCAAGCCACAAAAAGCUUCCCUCCUUACAGUCAGUGCAUAGGUGGUCUGGGUGAGGAUGGAGAGGCUAACAAUGAUCCCACCUCAGAGUUAGUCAGCACGUGCAGCUCAGCUGUACCUGAAGACAAACAUGACAAAAGUGCAGAGACAGAAACAAAAACCGAUCAGAGAGUUAAGUGCUCAAGGGAAGCAGUGAGGGCUAAAUGGAGGUCCAGGAGAAAAGAGAUGUCCUGGAGAAGCUGUGAUGUUGACACGGACGUCCCGGAGAGAGGACUGUGGUGUGGCAAAAGAAUGGAGGGUGUUGGAAAAGAAAGGAAGGAUGAGGAAAAUGAAGGAGAUGUCGGGAAACACCGGAGAGACAAAAGUUCCAAAGAUAGAGAUGAAGAGGAAGAAAAAAAAACAGGGAGGUCUUCUACAUCAACUGUAAAUAUGGAGUUAAUGGACACCCGAAAUAGUAAAGAUGAGGAUCCUGACGGAACAACUGAGAGCUCCACGAAACGGCACCUGAUUCUUUCGAGGCUGCUACACUCCUCUUCCACCUCCUCCUCCUGCUCUUCUAUUAACUUCUCCUCAGCAGAGAGCGAUGAGGUCUUCAGUGAAGGAGAGGAUGCAGCCUCCAAGAGCCAGAAUUUCAGGAAGAACCGCUCUUGGAGAACCUACCUGACGAUGAUGCACUGGUCGUUGCGGCGGCAAAGCUCCUGGGUGCAGCUGGCUGGACAUCAAGGUAACUUUCAGUUGACUAAAGGAGGAGAGGUACUGAAACUGUACAGUGAAGGAGAGGCAAAGUGUCUGGACAGCUUGAUGAGGGAUCCGCUCAGACCGUUUGUCCCGCAGUAUCAUGGUUUGGUCACCAGGGGGGAUCACUGUUACAUCCGCCUGGAGGACCUGCUUAGUGGCCUGACAAGGCCACUGAUAAUGGACUGCAAGAUGGGAGUCAGAACAUACCAAGAAGAAGAACUUGUCAAAGCGAGUACCAAGCCUAACCUGAGGAGCGACAUGUACCAGAAGAUGGUAAAAGUGGACCCACUGGCACCAUCAGAGGAAGAGCACAAACGAAGAGGAGUGACCAAGUGGCGCUACCUCCAGUGGAGGGACACCACCACCUCCACGUCCACCCUGGGCUUCAGGAUAGAAGGUCUCAUGAUGGAGGACGGCAGCGUACAGAGAGACUUCAGAAGGAUACGGACUUUAGCUCAGGUCACAGAAGCACUUCUCUACUUCACCAGGAGUCACCUCCAGACUCUGGAAGCGUACCACUCCAGGCUGCUGGCUCUGGGAGACGCACUAAAGAAUUCAACCUUCUUCAGGAAACAUGAGGUAAUUGGCAGCUCGCUUCUCUUCGUCCAUGACCACAGCAAAGCCAGCGUGUGGAUGAUAGACUUUGGAAAGACGACGCCACUGCCUGACAGCAUGGAACUCCAACACAACAUCCCCUGGGUUGAAGGGAGCAGGGAGGAUGGCUACCUCAUUGGCCUGACCAGUCUCAUUGCUUCUCUGAGUCAGGCCAUCAACAAGGCAUCUGGGCUACAGGAGGACGGCUGCGGGCAGGCAAAGAGUGUUGCAUAAAGUUCUCUAUGGGUUGUGUCUGACACACUCCAUUCGCAAAACAAUUUCAAGACAUAGACAAAUGCUCUUUCACGGAGGAAUGGAAAAUGUCUGUUUCUUGAGAAGAGUAAGCUCAGUGAAGAUGAGUAACUCAGGGAACUGUUGUCUUAUUGUUAUGUGCACUUUUUAAAGCUGUUUUUAAGUUUAUUUUAAAGAACAAUCCACUUAAAAAAAAACGUUUUUAUCCAAUGAAUUUUAUUUAGUUGGUGUCACCUGUUUACGUACAUGCUAAAUUCUUGACACCAUUUAUACACAGCUUGCUGACUUUGUAUUUUAUUGUAUGUAUUUUCCAUGGAAAAUGUUCUAUGCAUACUAACUUUAAUAGAUGUGAAAUGUUUUUAAAUAAAGCAUUUAAAAUAUGAA